UUUACAAAAAUCGAGAUCCUGUUGAGACAUACGCGAAAAAAUUGAUAAUUUUAAAGAAAUUUAUAUAUUUAUAUAUUUGUAUGUUCGGUUGUUAGUUUUGAGCGUAAUUUAAAGACGAAUUUGAACGCAGAAAUAAAGUGGGAAAUCAAUUAACAAAGGUGACCACAAAGGGAAAGUCAGAAAGAGCAAGGAAAAGAUAAAGGUGAUAGCCUGGAAGGUCGAAGGUAACCGCGAGAGUAUGCAAAGGUUGUUAAAUUGAAAAUUAAAUAUAAAUAUUUACAAGGAGAGAAAUCAAACCGUUAAAUAGCAACAUAUCAGCUUCAAAGGUCGGCAAUAAACAAUUGAAAGGCAAUCGAAAAAGGCUGCAAAUAUUAAAAAAAAAUAUAUGAAAAAUUAAACAUAAAUCCAUUAAAUCUCCAGAAUAACCGUCAAAUGAAUUAAAGUAGCCAAUUUGAAAAUCGAAAUACCUUUCCUUGCAUACCGAUUUAAUAUCGGUUGUAGGCAGAGUCAAUUUGUAAUUCUUAAGCAAGCAGCGUCAAUCGGAGACCCACUCUCAAUCGUUCUCAAUCAACAUUUUUAUGUAACCACAGCAAGAGUUUUCCUAGCUUUGUCUCUAGCAUACAGUAAGGGGUUAACGUUUUUAAGGGAGUAGCGUUAAAGUGGGAUCGCCGGGUCUAAUCAAUGCCUCGAACGACAAGAAAUCGCGUUUUGACAAUCACACGAAACUAGCGUAUUUCAUAUACACAUCAGAUAUACCGCCUUCGUGCGUAAUAUAGGAUAUAUAUACAUAUUCUCUACAGCAUAUAUUUAUAAAGAACUUUUGCUAGCUUUGGCACUUUACAGAUUCAUAAUCGAACCUCUAUUCUAUGACAAUCUCUAAGAGAACCUCUUUCUAGAAACUUCGAGGCUUAAUCAAUCAAUCAAUCAAUCGAAGCGGUCUUUACAAUCUACAAUCAAUUUGCAAUCAAUCAGAACUUUAAACAACCCUCAAACGGUUUUCAAAUAUCUAAACACAACCCAAAUAUCUAUUACCCAACCACAGUAGUGAUAUAUUAGCAUUAGCAUAUUAACAUUUAAAAAAAAACACUUGAAAUACGCUCAAAAUAAGAUUAAACUCAGUAGUCGUAGUCGUAUAAGCAGUUUUUUUCCAUCGACUAAUUGUAGCAACAAUUUGCGUAAAACUUUAUGUCACACCAUUGGCAUAGCGAACAUCGAAAACUAAUUCAAUUGGCAUUAUAUUAUAAUAGUUCACAUAUUCACCAAACCACGAAAACCAACCAACCCUUUGCAAUUUCCCCAAACUCAAAACCCGUCAAGAAAAUACCAAAAAACGAAAAUCUAACACUCGAAACGCGUCAAAAAAUAAACUCUCGAAAAACAACAAAGUGCUUAAAACAGAAGAGGAGGAUAUUUCAACCAACAUUUGUUGCCAAUAAAACUGUCAUCAUUGCCGCGUUAACAGAAACCACGGCGUCAGCAGCGAUUGCAGCGCUCAGUAUCAGCAGCAGCUCUCAAGCGUCGCUAGCCGCUAACGCCCCCGCUAAGCCCACACCGCCGCCCACUUCAUCAGUGGCAGGAGCACCAGCAACGGCAAAAAAAGAGAUCGUCGCAUCCGAUUCGGCUGAGUCCUCCCCUAUACAAGAUUUAAUCAUGCAAAUGCAAUUGUUGCACGCACCGCCGUCCACGCAUCCACAUCCGCAUCAGCAUCCGCAGCACCCGGUAGCAGCCGCAGCCGCUUAUCAGGCCAUGCAGGUGCAACAGCAGCAGCAACACCAACAUCAGCAGCAGCAUCAGCAACAGGCGGCCGUAUUCCACCAGGUGCAAGUGCAACACCAGCAGCAACUGCAGCAGCAGUUUCACUACCAAGCCCAGGCCCAGGCCCAGGCUCAAGCUCAAGCCCAGGCACAGGCCAUGCUGCAGACGUACAUGCAACUGCAGGUGAACAGUGCUGUGGGCGUGGCUGCCGCCCCCGCCACGCCGACUAAGCCCGCAGCCGCCCAGAUUCCGGCAGCGAUCGCCGGACCGAUAGCGGGCCCGGUGCCCGUUUCGGUGCCGACGCAGUUCUUCGCGGCGCCGAGCACUCCACUGACCAUCAUACCGGCGGUGGCCUCGUCGGCCAUGUUCGCCACCGCGGCUACGCCUACUUCGGCGGCCACCACUCCGACCAACAAUGUAAGGAUCGAUGAACAGUAUAUAUAUAAACUGAACUAUUUGCGCGGAAGCGACGAACUUUUGAGUCAAGCAGCAGUCAUGGCGCCCGCUUCCGACAAUAACAAUCAGGACCUGGCCACAAAGAAGGCCAAACUGGAGCCUGGAACCGUGCUGGCCGGUGGAAUUGCCAAGGCCUCCAAAGUCAUCCAUUUGCGCAACAUUCCAAACGAGUCCGGCGAGUCGGAUGUGAUUGCCCUGGGCAUUCCGUUCGGACGUGUGACCAACGUGCUGGUGCUUAAGGGCAAGAACCAGGCGUUCAUCGAAAUGGCCGACGAAAUAUCCGCCACGUCGAUGGUGUCCUGCUACACAGUCAAUCCGCCCCAGAUGCGCGGACGCAUGGUCUACGUGCAGUUCUCGAACCAUCGCGAGCUAAAAACGGACCAGAGUCACAAUAACUCGGUUGUCCAGAGCGACUACCGCAUCCAGUCUCCGGCGGGCGGAUCGCCCCUACCCCUCUGCGCCGCUUCCAAUGCGACCAGCAACAAUGCCAACAGCUCCGGCGACAGCAUCAGUAGUGCCGUGGGCAUCUUGCAGAACAACUCGAGCGCCGUGAACGCAGCCGGCAACAACACGAACUCCGCCGGCGGACCGAACACGGUGCUCCGCGUGAUCGUGGAGUCGCUGAUGUACCCCGUCUCCCUGGACAUUCUGCACCAGAUCUUCCAGCGCUACGGUAAAGUGCUGAAGAUCGUUACCUUUACCAAGAACAACUCAUUCCAGGCCCUCAUCCAAUAUCCGGACGCCAACUCCGCCCAGCAUGCCAAGUCGCUCCUGGACGGGCAGAAUAUAUACAACGGCUGCUGCACCCUGCGCAUUGACAACAGCAAGCUGACGGCGCUGAAUGUAAAGUACAACAACGACAAGUCGCGCGACUUCACAAACCCCGCGCUGCCGCCGGGUGAACCGGGGGUGGACCUCAUGCCCACCGCCGGCGGACUGAUGAACACCAACGAUCUACUACUGAUCGCCGCCCGGCAGCGGCCUUCUCUCACAGGUGAUAAAAUAGUCAACGGUCUAGGCGCCCCGGGUGUUCUGCCGCCCUUUGCCUUGGGCCUGGGCACUCCGCUGACCGGCGGCUACAGCAACGCCCUGCCCAACUUGGCCGCUUUCUCGCUGGCCAACAGCGGCGCCCUGCAGACAGCCGCUCCCGCCAUGCGCGGCUACUCGAAUGUUCUGCUUGUCUCGAAUUUAAAUGAGGAGAUGGUCACGCCUGAUGCUCUCUUUACCCUCUUUGGUGUGUAUGGCGAUGUGCAACGUGUGAAGAUUCUGUACAACAAGAAGGACUCGGCGCUCAUACAGAUGGCGGAGCCCCAGCAAGCUUAUUUGGCCAUGUCUCACCUUGAUAAAUUACGUUUAUGGGGCAAGCCGAUACGUGUAAUGGCCAGCAAACACCAGGCCGUACAGCUGCCCAAGGAGGGGCAGCCGGACGCCGGACUCACGCGUGACUACUCGCAGAAUCCGCUGCACCGUUUCAAGAAGCCGGGCAGCAAGAACUACCAGAACAUAUAUCCGCCGUCGGCGACACUGCAUUUAAGUAACAUUCCCUCGUCCUGCUCUGAGGAUGACAUCAAAGAAGCCUUCACCUCAAACAGCUUCGAAGUCAAAGCAUUCAAAUUUUUCCCAAAGGACCGCAAAAUGGCGCUGCUGCAGCUGUCGUCCGUGGAGGAGGCCGUUUUGGCGCUGAUCAAGAUGCACAACCACCAACUGUCCGAAUCGAACCAUCUGCGUGUAAGCUUCUCCAAGUCGAACAUCUAGAAUCCGAUCCGAAGUCAGGUUUACUGAACCUGACUGGGUGCCUCCGGCGGCUACAGCUACAUGCAGAUGCACCUGCAGCAACACCUACAGGUCUAUUGGCAGCAACAAAUACAAACUAUAAUCCGUAGUACAAGAA